AAUCUCCCCACCGUAAUUUACAAUCAUUUACAUUGGUAUAUAAAGACGACAAAAUUAAAUUCAAUACCUUGCUUACAAGGCUUGACAAAAGUUCAUUUCCCAAAAUGAAGAUCUACGUGUUCGCCCUUUUGGUUGUGGCCGUGGUCGCUUUCGCACUUCCCAUUGGAGAUGGAGUGCCCCUAGAGUCGAUGCUGCAGGCAAAUGAAGACGGAUUCAUGAAAUUGGCACCUAUCGAAAAACAUAACCGCCAACGUAGAGCAACCUGUGAUCUUAUGUCUGGUCUUGGUGUUGAUCAUAGCGCUUGCGCUGCUCACUGUAUCCUCAAAGGAAAGACAGGAGGACACUGUAGCAGCACUGGUGUUUGCAAUUGCCGCAAGAAAAAGUUGUUUGGUUGAUUUCCAUUGCAGUAAUUGUCUCCUUACGAAAAUUGGAUUGAAAUGUUGACCAAUGGCCGAGUACGAUUCACAAAUUUUGAAAUUUCAACAGUGUAUCUUAAACUGAUUUGUAAUAUUUUUUAAACUGAUUAAUAAAUGUUUUUCA